CAGGAAGAGACAGAAAUGUGGAAAAUAAGGGAGUGGGAGAAGCAGACAGAAGAGGCUUACUGGAAAAGGCAAAGCAGAAUGCUGUCAGAUACCUCCAGUCGGAUGCGCAGUGACGGCUUUGAUGAAGAGGGCCACAGGGCUGACUGGAAAACAAAGAACUCACAAUUUCUUGACCCAGUCGAAGAUGAUCUCCUUAGGGCCCGAUCCUGGAAUAAAAAGAUCUAUGAAUGUGAAGCCAACAUGCCAGACAGAUGGGGUCACAGUGGCUAUAAAGAGUUGUACCCUGAAGAAUUUGAUACAGAUAGUGACCAGCAACAAGGAAAUGAACAAAAUGCUUUCAAUGGGAAGAAGAAAUCUCAUCUGGGAAAGCAAACUGCCCGUGAGUCGCACAAACGGAAAAAACCAAAGAAAUCACACAAGAAGAAGCAAAAAAAGCGAUCACACAAAAAGCGAAAGAAAAAGAAAAAGGAGCAGGGAAGAACAUCAUCAGAUUCCUCCCGGGAGACCGAGUGCUCAGAAGAGGAGACUUCAAGCACCAGGAAAGGGAAACACAAGCGCAAGAAAAAGACCAGGAAAGUGCCUGCCAGGGAACCUACCUCUUCUUCUGGGCAGGAAAGUGACUUUUCUCAUGCAAGCAGCUCAACCACCAGCAGCUCUGAGGACAGUGAAUCUGAGGAGAAAAAAGAGAAACGGCUCCCAAAAAAGAGAAAGAAAUGUCACAAUUCUGUGUCAGAGAGGCACAGUGAAGUACCAGAGAAGAGGAGCAAGAGGAAGAACUGGAAAGUGGCCGCUGAUGAAAAAUCAGAGGAUAGCUCAGAUGAGGACUGAUGAGUCUAGGCUGCAGCUCAAACAAUAAGGUAGAGGACAGAGGCAGGUAUUUAUCUUUCAGCACUG